UGACGGCCCUCUGCCUAUCCCCUUCCCAACUCUCCCCCAACCCCUCCCGCCGCGGCCCCCCCUUCCCCUAAAGUGAGUGAGUGAGACGGGCAGAUGGAGGAGGGACUGUAAUGGCGGCGGCCGGCAGCUCCCUGCUCUGACCCACGGCAGGCACACAGCAACGACCCCUUCCCCGCCCCUCUCCCGGCCGGCCUCCGCCCCGCAGCCAGCGCGGGGCCACCCUCUCCGGCCCUUCCCCCAGCUGUCGGUGUCUCGCCCUGCGCCCCGGCCGGGGCCCCACACACAAUGGACGAGCUUGCCGGAGGCGGUGGUGGCGGCCCGGGGAUGGCGGCCCCUCCCCGGCAGCAGCAGGGACCUGGGGGGAACCUGGGCCUUUCGCCCGGGGGGAACGGAGCGGCGGGCGGCGGGGCUCCUCCGGCCUCCGAGGGAGCGGGUUCCGCGGCAGGCCCCGAGCUGUCCCGGCCGCAGCAGUACACUAUCCCGGGGAUACUGCACUACAUCCAGCACGAGUGGGCUCGGUUCGAGAUGGAGCGGGCGCACUGGGAGGUGGAACGGGCCGAACUGCAGGCCCGGAUCGCAUUUCUACAAGGAGAAAGAAAAGGUCAAGAGAACCUGAAGAAGGACUUAGUAAGAAGAAUAAAGAUGUUAGAGUAUGCAUUAAAACAAGAAAGGGCAAAAUAUCACAAAUUAAAAUAUGGCACGGAACUGAACCAAGGUGACUUGAAAAUGCCAACCUUUGAGUCAGAAGAAACCAAAGACACAGAGGCUCCCACAGCACCUCAGAAUAGCCAGUUAACGUGGAAGCAAGGCAGACAGCUUUUAAGACAGUAUCUUCAGGAAGUAGGUUAUACAGAUACAAUAUUAGAUGUACGGUCUCAGCGGGUAAGGUCAUUGCUUGGACUAUCUAAUUCAGAACCAAAUGGAUCAGUAGAAACAAAGAAUUUAGAACAGAUCCUGAAUGGAGGUGAAUCUCCUAAGCAAAAGGGACAAGAAAUAAAAAGGUCCUCUGGUGAUGUUCUUGAGACGUUCAAUUUCUUAGAAAAUGCUGAUGACAGUGAUGAAGAUGAGGAAAAUGACAUGAUUGAAGGCAUCCCAGAAGGAAAAGACAAACAUCGGAUGAAUAAACACAAAAUAGGUAAUGAAGGUUUAGCUGCUGACCUAACUGACGAUCCUGAUACUGAGGAAGCACUGAAAGAAUUUGAUUUUUUAGUGACUGCUGAAGAUGGUGAAGGAGCUGGAGAAGCACGGAGUUCGGGGGAUGGCACAGAAUGGGAUAAAGAUGACCUCUCCCCAACUGCUGAGGUUUGGGAUGUAGACCAGGGACUAAUAAGUAAGCUGAAGGAACAGUACAAGAAGGAACGAAAGGGGAAGAAAGGGGUGAAGACUUUUGAGAAACUAGGAUUAGAGCAGGGAAGUUUCAUCAUUUCCUCAACUUGGCACUGUGUCACACUGAAGCUAUCUGGCUAUAGGGCCAACAGGACAAAACUCUACGACAUGAUAGCUGAUCUGGGAGAUGAUGAGCUGCCCCACAUCCCUUCAGGAAUCAUUAAUCAGUCUAGGUCAGCCUCUACUAGAAUGACUGAUCAUGAAGGUGCAAGAGCAGAGGAAGCUGAACCAAUAACGUUUCCAUCUGGAGGAGGCAAGUCAUUUAUUAUGGGUUCUGAUGAUGUUUUGUUAAGUGUACUGGGCCUUGGAGACCUUGCAGACUUGACGGUAACAAAUGAUGCAGACUAUAGUUAUGAUUUGCCUGCUAAUAAAGAUGCCUUUCGAAAGACAUGGAAUCCCAAGUAUACACUACGUAGCCAUUUUGAUGGAGUACGGGCAUUAGCUUUUCAUCCUGUAGAACCUGUGCUGGUUACUGCUUCUGAGGACCAUACCCUGAAACUUUGGAACCUGCAAAAAACAGUUCCUGCCAAAAAGAGUGCCUCUUUAGAUGUAGAGCCUAUCUACACAUUUAGGGCCCACAUUGGCCCUGUUCUGUCAUUAGCUAUUAGUUCUAAUGGAGAACAGUGUUUUAGUGGUGGUAUUGAUGCAACCAUCCAGUGGUGGAAUAUGCCGAGUCCCAGUGUGGAUCCAUAUGAUACAUAUGAGCCAAAUGUUCUAGCUGGCACUUUAGUUGGUCAUACAGAUGCAGUUUGGGGUCUUGCUUAUAGUGGCAUAAAAAAUCAAUUACUGUCUUGUUCAGCAGAUGGCACUGUUAGGUUAUGGAAUCCACAAGAAAAAUUGCCAUGUAUUUGCACUUACAAUGGAGAUAAAAAGCAUGGAAUACCUACAUCAGUUGACUUUAUAGGCUGUGAUCCAGCUCAUAUGGUAACCUCUUUCAACACUGGUAGUGCAGUAAUUUAUGAUUUAGAAACAUCACAGUCAUUGGUGAUACUUUCAUCACAUGUAGAUUCUGGUUUACAAUCUAAUAAUCAUAUCAACAGAGUAGUAAGUCAUCCCACACUUCCUGUUACAAUAACUGCUCAUGAAGAUAGACACAUCAAAUUUUUUGACAAUAAAACGGGUAAAAUGAUCCAUUCUAUGGUAGCUCACUUGGAUGCUGUUACAAGUCUAGCAGUAGAUCCUAAUGGAAUCUAUUUGAUGUCUGGAAGCCAUGACUGUUCCAUCAGAUUAUGGAAUUUAGACAGCAAGACAUGUGUGCAAGAAAUAACAGCUCACAGAAAGAAAUUGGAUGAAUCAAUUUAUGAUGUUGCUUUCCACCCGUCAAAAGCAUAUAUAGCUAGUGCAGGAGCUGAUGCCCUUGCCAAAGUAUUUGUAUGAAUCAACAAAAACUUGCAUCAUAACAAGAUUUGCUUGGACAGAAAGAGGGUCUGCAUCACUGCCAUCAAAAAGGUUACUGAUACGACACUACAUGUGAUCUGCCUGGUGAAGGCUAUUUGGGGCAGGCACAAAUUGGUGGAAAUCACAUCUUAAUGUCAAGCUCAUUAAGUUAACUGUAAUUACUGUAUUUUGUGGGACAAAGAAAAAAGGACUCCAGUAUUUGUGGCCUGUAAUGGAUAUGAACUGAGCGUAUAUCUGUUUUUAGGUGUCUUUAAGCCAAUGUGGAGUCUGAUCUUUCAAAAAAGUUUUUUUUUCUUUUCUUUUCUUUUUUUUUUUUUUUUUUUUUUUUUUUUUUUUUUUUUUUUUUUUUUUUUUUUUUUUUUUUUUUUGGA